ACAUAGAUUGACUUUACGUAUUGUGUGAGCAUUCGAACUAGAGAGAGAGCAAGAUGUCUGGGAUGAUGCUUAUGCUGCUGCUGUGCCUCUCAGUUGGGACAAUUUCGGUUGUCCACUGUGGGAACCCUUACCUUUUUUUCACAUGGAAUGUCACCUAUGGAACCCUCUCUCCUCUGGGAGUUCCCCAGCAAGUCAUUCUCAUAAAUGGCCAAUUUCCUGGACCCAACAUCAACUCCACCACCAACGACAACAUCGUGCUCAACGUCUUCAAUAACCUUGACGAGCCAUUCCUUGUGACAUGGAACGGUAUCCAGCAGAGGAAAAAUUCAUGGCAAGAUGGAACCCUUGGAACCAUGUGCCCCAUUCCCCCUGGUACGAACUACACCUACCAAUUCCAAGUGAAGGACCAGAUCGGGAGCUACAUGUACUAUCCCAUAACUGCCAUGCAUAAGGCAGGCGGUGCCUUCGGUGGCCUCCGCGUGAACAGUCGCCUGCUCAUUCCCGUGCCUUAUGCCGAUCCAGAGGAUGACUACACUGUCCUCAUCGGUGACUGGUAUACCAAAAGCCACACCCAACUAAAGAAAUUAUUGGACAGCGGUCGUUCCAUGGCCAGGCCAGAUGGGGUCCUCAUCAACGGCAAAUCUUCAAAGGGAGAUGGCAAAGACGAGCCCCUCUUCGUCAUGAAGCCCGGCAAGACCUACAAGUACAGGAUCUGCAACGUGGGGCUCAAGAACUCCCUCAACUUCAGGAUCCAAGGACACUCCAUGAAGCUUGUUGAAUUGGAGGGCUCCCACACAGUCCAAAACACCUACGACUCCAUGGAUGUGCAUCUCGGGCAAUGUUUCUCCGUGCUUGUGACUGCCGACAAGGACCCCAAGGACUACUACAUGGUGGCUUCCACCCGUUUCACCAAGAGCGUGCUCACCGGCAAAGGCAUCAUCCGCUACGAAAAUGGCAAGGGCCCUGCCUCGCCUGAACUCCCCAAGGCCCCCGUAGGAUGGGCCUGGUCUCUUAACCAGUUCCGCUCCUUCCGCUGGAACCUCACUGCCAGUGCUGCCAGGCCUAAUCCUCAGGGCUCCUACCACUAUGGUAAGAUUAACAUCAGCCGCACCAUCAAGCUCGUCAACUCCGCCAGCAAGGUGGACGGCAAGCUUCGCUAUGCCAUCAACGGAAUCUCCCACGUGGACUCUGAAACUCCCCUCAAGCUGGCUGACUACUAUAAAGUUUGGGACAAAGUCUUCAAGCCCGAUACCAUGAAGGAUACUCCCCCAGCCACAGCGGCAGACAAGAUCACAAUGGUAACCAAUGUUGUCAACAUAACCAUAAAAGAUUUCGUUGAGAUCAUCUUUGAGAACCCGGAGAAGAGCCUUCAGACAUGGCAUUUGGAUGGAUACUCCUUUUUUUCCGUCGCCUCGGAGCCCGGCACGUGGACCCCAGCAAAGAGAAGCAACUACAAUCUCCUUGACGCUGUGAGCAGGUACAGUGUCCAAGUGUUCCCCAAAUCCUGGGCUGCCAUCAUGUUGACAUUCGACAACGCCGGAAUGUGGAACAUAAGGUCUGACCAACCGGAGAGGCGCUACCUAGGACAGCAGUUUUACGUGGACGUUGAAAAUAUUGCACGCUCCCUCAGAAACGAGUACAACAUGCCAGACAAUGCCCUUGUCUGUGGCAUCGUUAAGGACAUGCCCAAGCCCGCACCGUACAGCAUGUAACAUAUUUCACCGCCAUGCCAUGCCGCUUCACACUACGUUACAGAUACAGAGUAGAGAGGGACAGCGACGAUCCGGAAAAGUGUACGCGUGUGAGUGAGUGUGAGAGAGAGAUCAUCAUUAAGAUUUUUUGUAUUUCUUUGCAGCCAAUUUAAGCAAAGAGAGAAGAAUGGUAAAGAAUAAGAAGGGUUUGGCACAACAUAAAAGAUUGCCUCGUUAUGUGUGCAUCAACUCUCUAGAAUUAUGCCAUUACAUUUUCCUAUCAGAAUAAAAAAAGAGAGAAAUGAAUAUGCCAUUACAUUUUUGUACUUCCAUUUUAUUUAUAUGUUAUAAUCUCUUUCUUAAUUACAUUUUCCCAGUUCAUUUUGCCCA